GGGCUCCCCGCGCCCGCCACUUCAGCGGGGCCAGCGCCGCGGCUGUGAGCGGAGCGCUCUGCGCCGCUCCGGUCCUUGGCGUCCGCGCGCCUCAGCUCCGGGGUGGUCGAUGGGACGGAGCGCCGCGGAGCAGGAGGCGGCGUCCGUCGGGGAGCUGGGGCAGCGCGGGAGCCCGCCGCGGGACUCCGGCAUGGCGGGCCGCAGGACCUGAGCCCUGCCCCCGCGGGGAGCAGCCUGGUGGAGGGCGAUGGGGACGGAGCGGAGCUGCCGCCGCGCCGGGCCGUGAGCGCCGCGCCUCCGCCACCGCCUCCACCUUCUCGCUGCCGCCUCGGCCCCUCGCGAAGCGCCGGGCCGCUGGGGAACAUGGCCCUGGAGCAGCUCUGCUCGGUCCUCAAAGUGUUGUUAAUAACAAUAUUUGUAGUGGAAGGGAUCGCCGUGGCCCAAAAGACCCAAGAUGGACAGAAUAUUGGAAUCAAGCACAUUCCUUCAACUCAGUGUGGCAUUUGGGUUCGAACCAGCAAUGGAGGUCAUUUUGCUUCACCAAAUUAUCCUGACUCAUAUCCACCAAACAAGGAAUGUAUCUACAUUUUGGAAGCUGCUCCUCGCCAAAGGAUAGAAUUGACCUUUGAUGAGCGUUAUUAUAUAGAACCAUCAUUUGAAUGUCGGUUUGAUCACUUGGAAGUUCGAGAUGGGCCUUUCGGUUUCUCUCCACUGAUAGAUCGUUACUGUGGUGUGAAAAGCCCUCCGUUAAUUAGAUCAACAGGGAGAUUCAUGUGGAUCAAGUUUAGUUCUGAUGAAGAACUUGAAGGACUGGGAUUUCGAGCAAAAUACUCGUUUAUUCCAGAUCCAGAUUUUACUUACUUAGGAGGUAUUUUAAAUCCCAUCCCAGAUUGCCAGUUUGAGCUGUCAGGAGCUGAUGGAAUAGUGCGUUCUAGUCAGGUAGAACAAGAAGAAAAAACAAAACCUGGCCAAGCAGUUGAUUGCAUAUGGACGAUUAAAGCUACUCCAAAAGCUAAGAUUUAUUUGAGGUUCCUAGAUUAUCAAAUGGAGCACUCAAAUGAAUGCAAGAGAAACUUUGUUGCAGUCUACGAUGGAAGCAGUUCUAUUGAAAAUCUCAAGGCCAAGUUCUGCAGCACAGUGGCCAAUGAUGUAAUGCUUAAAACAGGAGUUGGGGUAAUACGGAUGUGGGCAGAUGAAGGUAGUCGGCUUAGCAGGUUCAGAAUGCUCUUUACUUCCUUUGUGGAGCCUCCCUGCACAGGCAGCACUUUCUUUUGCCAUAGCAACAUGUGCAUCAAUAAUUCUUUAGUCUGUAAUGGUGUUCAAAACUGUGCAUACCCUUGGGAUGAAAAUCAUUGCAAAGAAAAGAAAAAAGCGGGACUGUUUGAACAAAUCACUAAAACUCAUGGAACAAUUAUUGGCAUCACGUCAGGGAUUGUCUUCGUCCUUCUCAUCAUUUCUAUUUUAGUUCAAGUGAAACAGCCUCGAAAAAAGGUCAUGGCUUGCAAAACCGCUUUUAAUAAAACUGGAUUUCAAGAAGUGUUCGAUCCUCCUCAUUAUGAACUGUUUUCACUGAGAGACAAAGAGAUUUCUGCAGACCUGGCCGACCUGUCAGAGGAGCUGGACAACUACCAGAAGACACGGCGCUCCUCCACCGCCUCGCGGUGCAUCCACGACCAUCACUGUGGGUCGCAGGCACCCAGCGUCAAACAAAGCAGGACCAACCUCAGCUCCAUGGAACUUCCUUUCCGAAAUGAUUUUGCACAACCACAGCCAAUGAAAACAUUUAAUAGCACCUUCAAAAAGAGUAGCUACACUUUCAAGCAGGCACACGAGUGCCCUGAACAGGCCCUGGAAGACAGAGUAAUGGAGGAGAUUCCCUGUGAAAUUUAUGUCAGGGGGCGAGAAGAUUCUGCACAAGCAUCCAUAUCCAUCGAUUUUUAAUCUUCUGCUGAAGGCGACAUUAAUUAUUAAGUAUGUACUUAUGCAGCCUACAGAGCACCCGUACUGUUUUCAGCCAACCCUUCUCUCCUGUCAAACCUAGGAAGACCUUCAUUUCCCAUUAACCUAAUGUGAUGGUGAAGUUUUUAUUCUCUCAGGCAGCCCAUAUGUGUAAAUCCAACUAAGGAACGUACUCCAUUCAGUAAAACAAACACACGAAAAGCAUCUGUUGCUCAGAGUCAUAUAAACAAAGCACCAGUUACAUGGCAUCUGAAGAGAUGCGGGGUGAAGUGGCGCCAGGCUCAGGCUGCCUGCUGGUCUUAGUAGCAGGAGGGCUGUUCUCGAUUGAUGCAGCUCUGCCGAAAUUUUGAUUCCACAAUCAGUUUAAAAAUAAGAUUUUUCCUCACAUUCCUCUUAUUUUUCUUUUCUCUAAAUUUAAUUCGUUUUCUAAGCCAGAAAUUAUACCAUUUUGGUUUCUUACAGAAAUAUAAAUGGUUAAGGCAUCACAUAUAUUUCAAUAUAGGCGUUUGUUCUAGAAUUUGUCAAAAUAUAACUAGUUACUGUGGUGUGUGCCAAUUAAGACCCAGAGUUGUGUUUCGUCCAUCUGUUUCUUCUUAACUAGUUUCUAUACUGCUGCCUUUUAAUUAUGGAUUCUUAGUCUUUAUUUUCUGUGAUAUGAUUUAGCACCUUUAAGUCAUAUUUUGUCUUAGUUAUACUGGAGAGUUUCAUAAUCCUGGGAUGUAUGCACCAUUGCCAGUUAUGACUAAAAGCUUGAAAAAGGUUAAAACUUUUUAGAAAUGCUUUGAAAUUUCCCAGAUUUCAUCACAUUCAGUGAUAGCUCAUUCAUUCCUCCUAGCAAAAUCCAUUUAAUUCAUUUGGGGAGAGGCCUGUCGUUUAUUUCCAGUGUUUCUUGUCACUAGAUCUAUGUUUCCUGUUAUUUUUAUGAAACGAUUAUUUCACUCCCUUUGUAUUGGUUUAUCGUAUCGCGUAUGGUAACCAAGGUUGUGUGAGAGUUAGAGGGAAAUGCCUGAGAAACUGUGUGUAAGCCUUUAGAUUGCUUCUUACUUGGGACAAUACAUUUUUCUAGUUCUUACCAAGAAUAACAAUUUCCACUUUUUUUUAAACUGCACUUUUGACCUUAUUUUUUUUAUGGUAUAGGAAUAAUAAUUUAUAAACAUGAUAUAAAAACUCAUUGUGUUUUUUUAGACUUUUGAUAUUAUUUGAUACUGUACAAACUUUAUUAAAUCAAGACUAAAGACCUACACAACAGAUUGUGUUCAGUGUUCACAGCGGCUCUGUGUACAACUCUGCUGGGAUGGAAACGUGCACUGUAAUUUAUUGUAAAGACCUUGGUAAUGUGUACAUAAGCCCUUAUUUCCUCUUGUUAUUGCAUUUAGUUUAUGAUAAAUUUUUCACUUUGUGAUAUUUAUUGUUCUAAAUCACUACACAAAUCCGAUAUUAAAAUAUGCAUUGUUCGUGAUUCUUCAA